UCAAUAACGCAGGAACGUCUUGCUCCUCUCCUUCCAUAUUGGAAUAAGAUAUUUCUAAUAUCAUGUGUGUUUGCUGUGUUAUUUGAUCCUUUGUUCUUUUACACUCCCGUUACUAAUGAGGAUGCUAAGUGCCUAAGAUUGGACAAGAAGUUGAAAAUAGCAACUACUAUUUUACGUUCCAUCACAGAUCUUUUUUAUUUAGUCGACAUCCUUAUCCAAAUCGACAGACUUAAUGCCACACUCGAGAUCUCAACAAAUGGUCAGACAUUUCGUUUCAAAAGAGUGAAAUCAGCUAAGAGGAUUUUUCUGUCCUGUAUAGUAACUGACAUUGCUGCUGUUCUUCCUCUUCCACAGGUUGUAAUAUUCAUUUUCUUUUCAAAAAUCAUGAGGGGCUCAGCAUCCUUCACAAGAAUGUUUCUGAACGCUCUUGUUCUCCUCCAAUAUGUUCCACGAGUCAUUCGCAUCUAUCUAUCUGGCACAUCUCUUAACAUACAAACUAGGAUAGGAAUAUGGAUUCAAGCUGUAUUCAACUUCCUCCCAUUCAUCCUUUCUGGUCAUAUACUUGGAGCCAUAUGGUAUUUCUUUGCAAUUCAACGAGAGAUAGCUUGCUGGGAACAUGGUUGUAGAAGUGAAGAUGGAUGUAACGUUAGUAGUUUUGACUGUGAUGACAAUGGGACUAGAAAUAUCACGAAUCUGGAUAUUUUAUGUCCUAUAAAUCCCUCAAAUGAAACAUUACUUUUCGAUUUCGGUGUAUUUCUUGGUGCCGUUCAGUCCGGUAUGAUGGGGUCGACAAAUUUUUCACAAAAAUUAUUGCAAUGUUUUUGGUGGGGUCUGCGCAAUCUGAGUUCUUUAGGUUCAAACCUCGAGCCUAGUAGCAGCCAAUGGGAAAACAUCUUCGCUGUUUUCAUAUUUUUGAGUGGCAUGAUGCUUUUUUUAAUAUAUCUUAGUGCAACUUUGCAGACUUUAAGCGUGCAGUUGGACACAAUAAGGUCUGAUGAGCUUAAACUCAGACAGAAGAUGCAAUUGAUUAGCCCAGAAAUCGAUCUAUGGCUAUAUAAAAAUGACCUCCCAAAGGAUUUGGACGUGGUUGUGGGCAAAACAGUGAAAACUCUGAAGAUGGUGAUCAUCGACAACAUACAACGAAAACUUCAAGAAAACAAAGAUGUUGAUGUGGAGAAUGUCCUAUCUAUUCUUCCCUUGAGGCAGAGAAGAUGUAUCUUGAGCCUUCUCCGCUUAACUGCGUUAAAGAAAGUGCCAUUAUUUGAAGAUAUGGAUGAGAAAGUGUUGAAUGCAAUCUGUGCACAUCUUAAGCCAGUGAUAUAUGCCGAAGACAGUUAUAUUCUUCAGGAGGGGGAACCAUUAGAGAAGAUGCUCUUCAUCACCCAAGGCACUGCAUGGUCCUAUACCACUAUAAGUGAAACAAGUACUGGUUAUUCAAACACCAAGUGCCUUGGGAAAGGCGAUUUAUAUGGAGAAGAACUACUAAGUUGGGCAUUGAAAUCUACCCCAUUUUCAGAGUUACCCAUCUCUACCAGAAUAGUCAGGUCUCAAACAAAAGUUGAAGCAUUUGCUAUCAGGGCUAAGGACUUGAAGAAUGUUAUUGCUAAAUUCUGGUGGCAUUUUAGAAGGCCAGAUCAGCUCCGUUACUUGGAGGGUUUUCAGUUGGAGCAUGGAGAGCAUUGGAAGCAUUUGGCAGUAUCUUCCAUACAAGCAAAUUGGCGCCACUAUUGUGCACUAGCUAAAAGACGGGAGUUGCGGGAAUGGCGGAAAAAAUUUAUCACGAUAGAAUAAUCGAAACUAUACGUAUCGUGUUUUAAUUUAUUAGGUGAUUGUAAAUUCAAUUAUUCAUUUGAUGAUGUGCAUGCGUGUUUUUAUAAGUAGUUUGUAAAACUCCUCGCAGAUAUAUUGAGUUAGAGUCAGAUGCAUUGGAGAUUUGGAGGUGAGUGUUUUGCGGUGGAUGGGCACCCAGUAGGUGGGAUUAAAUCCAGACAGAGGUACUUCUCUUUAAUAAGCUGCAGGUAUCCAGACAGAGGUACUUCUCUUGACUGUCAGAUCUGUUGGUGGCUAGUAGUUGAAGAAAAGGCGAGCCGCACUAACAGAAAAACAGAAAUAUGAAGUUCAGCAUCCUAGUUGGAACUCAAGUUGGG